AGGUCAUCCCGGAAGUGAUUUGAGCAGCAUGGACAGCUGAGCGCUGCUGUUUUCGCAGUGGGACGGAAGCUCACGUGUCAGGGCUGCUCGCCGGGGAGGCGAUAGCUGCGGACGGCAAGAUGAAGGAGCAAUUCAGGGAGACGGAUGUGGCUAAGAAGAUAAGCCACAUCUGCUUCGGGGUGAAGUCUGCAGAGCAGAUCCGCCAACAAGCCCACAUCCAGGUGGUGAGCAAGAACCUCUAUGCCCAGGACAAUAACCACUCGCCCCUCUCGUUUGGAGUCCUCGAUCACCGCAUGGGGACGAGCGAGAAGGACCGGCCGUGUCUGACGUGCGGGAAGAACCUGGCGGAUUGUCUUGGGCAUUAUGGGUACUUGGAUCUGGAGCUGCCCUGCUUCCAUGUGGGGUACUUCAAGGCUGUUAUCGGCAUCUUACAGAUGAUCUGUAAGACCUGCUCCCGUAUCAUGCUGACCCCGGAGGAGAAGAAGCUAUUCCUCGAUCAGUUGAAGAGACCGGGCCUCGCCUACCUUCAGAAAAGGGGCCUGAAGAAGAAAAUAUCAGAAAAGUGUCGCAAAAAGACCGUGUGUCUGCACUGCGGGGCCUUCAACGGUCAGGUGAAGAAGUGCGGCUUACUGAAAAUCAUCCACGAGAAGUACAAGGCUACCAAGAAGGUGGCGGACCCCGUGGUGACGCGCUUCCUGCAGUCCUUCGAAACGGCCAUCGAGCACAACAAGGAGGUGGAGGCUCUUCUUGGACGGGCGCAGGAGAACCUCAACCCGCUGGUAGUGCUCAACAUCUUGAGACGGAUCCCUGCUGAGGACGUUCCACUGCUGCUCAUGAACCCGGAGGCGGCCAAGCCGUGUGACCUGAUCCUGACCCGGCUAUUGGUUCCCCCUCUCUGUAUCCGCCCGUCGGUUGUGAGUGAGCUCAAAUCCGGCACCAAUGAAGAUGACCUCACCAUGAAGCUGACCGAGAUCAUCUUCUUGAAUGAUGUCAUCAAGAAGCACAGGAUAACGGGAGCCAAGACUCAGAUGAUAAUGGAGGACUGGGACUUCCUGCAGCUGCAGUGCGCUCUCUACAUAAACAGCGAGCUCUCCGGCAUCCCCAUGAACAUGGCGCCCAAGAAGUGGACCCGCGGGUUUGUCCAGAGGUUAAAGGGGAAGCAAGGCCGCUUCAGAGGAAACCUCUCGGGGAAGAGAGUGGAUUUCUCCGGCCGCACGGUGAUCUCUCCGGAUCCCAAUCUCCGCAUCGACGAGGUCGCCGUCCCGGUCCACGUGGCUAAAAUUCUGACCUUUCCAGAAAAGGUUAACAAAGCAAACAUCGCCUUCAUGAGGAAGCUGGUGCAGAGCGGGCCGGACGUCCAUCCCGGGGCCAACUUCAUCCAGCAGCGGCACACGCAGAUGAAAAGGUUUCUGAAGUACGGCAACCGCGAGAAGAUCGCCCAGGAGCUGAGGUUCGGAGACACCGUGGAGAGACACAUGAUCGACGGGGACAUCGUCCUCUUCAACCGGCAGCCGUCCCUGCACAAGCUCAGCAUCAUGGCCCAUAUCGCCCGGGUCAAACCCCACAGAACCUUCCGCUUCAAUGAAUGCGUCUGCACGCCGUACAACGCUGACUUUGACGGGGACGAGAUGAACCUCCAUCUGCCCCAAACCGAGGAGGCGAAGGCCGAAGCCUAUGUGCUUAUGGGGACAAAAGCUAACCUGGUGACGCCGCGUAACGGGGAGCCUCUCAUUGCCGCCAUCCAGGACUUUCUCACAGCCGCCUACCUCCUGACCCUCAAAGAUACGUUUUUCGACCGCGCCAAGACGUGCCAGAUCAUCGCUUCCAUCCUGGUGGGGAAAGACGAGAAGAUCAAGGUCCGCCUCCCUCCUCCGGUCAUACUCAAGCCGGUGACUCUUUGGACGGGGAAGCAGAUCUUCAGCCUCAUCCUUCACCCCAGCGUUGACAGCCCGGUCCGAGCCAACUUGCGUACAAAGGGCAAGCAGUACUGCGGCAAAGGAGAAGACCUCUGUCGUAACGACUCCUACGUGACCAUUCAGAACAGCGAGCUGAUGUCCGGCAGCAUGGACAAGGGAACCCUGGGCUCCGGCUCCAAGAAUAACAUCUUCUACAUCCUCCUCCGAGACUGGGGACAGAUGGAAGCGGCCGAUGCCAUGUCACGUCUGGCCAGGCUGGCCCCCGUCUACCUGUCCAACCGCGGCUUCUCCAUCGGCAUUGGUGACGUCACCCCAGGGCAGGGACUGCUGAAGGCCAAGCAGGACCUCUUGGACGCUGGCUACAAGAAAUGCGACGAGUACAUUGAGGCUCUGAACACGGGCAAGCUGCAGCAACAGCCUGGGUGCACGGCGGAGGAGACCCUGGAGGCUCUGAUCCUGCGCGAGUUGUCAGUGAUCAGAGACCACGCGGGUAGCGCCUGUUUGAGGGAACUGGACAAGAGUAACAGCCCGCUCAUCAUGGCGCUCUGCGGCUCCAAAGGGUCUUUCAUUAACAUCUCCCAGAUGAUCGCCUGCGUGGGUCAGCAGGCCAUCAGCGGCUUCCGUGUCCCCGACGGCUUCGAGAACCGAUCCCUCCCGCAUUUUGAGAAGCACUCAAAGCUCCCGGCAGCCAAAGGGUUUGUGGCCAACAGUUUCUACUCGGGUCUCACUCCCACAGAAUUCUUCUUCCACACCAUGGCUGGUCGAGAAGGUCUGGUGGACACUGCUGUGAAGACAGCAGAAACGGGAUAUAUGCAGAGGCGUCUGGUGAAGUCCCUGGAGGACCUUUGCUCCCAGUAUGACCUCACCGUCCGGAGCUCCACCGGAGACGUCAUCCAGUUCAUCUACGGCGGAGAUGGGCUGGACCCGGCGGCCAUGGAAGGGAAGGACGAGCCCUUGGAGUUUAAACGCGUCCUCGACAAUGUGAAAGCGGUGUACCCCUGCCCCGGUGAGCCGGCUCUAAGUAACAACGAGGUGGUGCUGACCGCCGAGUCCAUCAUGAAGAAGCCGGAGUUCCUCUGCUGUCAGGAUGCCUACCUGCAGUCGCUCACUGACACUGGGUACAGGCACUUCUACGAGGAAAUAAAAACCUUUGUGAAGAGCGUGUCUGAAUGUAUUAAGAAGACCCGCGAUAAAUAUGGCAUCAAUGACAACGGCACAACCGAGCCGCGGGUCUUGUACCAGCUGGAUAGGAUCACCCCGACCCAGCUCGAGAAGUUCUUGGAGACCUGCCGGGAUAAGUAUAUGAGGGCGCAGAUGGAGCCAGGCUCGGCGGUGGGCGCCCUCUGCGCUCAAAGUAUAGGAGAACCCGGCACGCAGAUGACCCUGAAAACGUUUCACUUUGCUGGUGUGGCUUCCAUGAACAUCACAUUAGGAGUGCCUCGCAUCAAGGAGAUCAUCAACGCCUCUAAAAACAUCAGCACGCCCAUCAUAACGGCCCAAAUGGACGUCGACGACGACUCUGACUUUGCCCGUCUUGUUAAAGGCCGGAUCGAGAAGACAUUGUUGGGAGAGAUAUCGGAGUACAUAGAAGAAGUCUUUCUUCCCGAUGACUGCUUUCUCAUGGUCAAGCUGUCCCUGGAGCGGAUUCGAUUAUUGAGGCUGGAGGUGAACGCAGAGACCGUGCGCUACUCCAUCUGCAUGUCCAAGCUGCGCGUGAAGUCUGGGGAUAUCGCUGUGCACGGGGAAGCCGUAGUGUGCGUCACCCCGCGAGAGAACAACAAAAGUUCCAUGUAUUACGUCUUGCAGUCCUUGAAACAGGAACUUCCGAAGGUGGUUGUGCAGGGGAUCCCAGAGGUGUCGCGCGCCGUCAUACACAUCGACGAGCAGAGCGGGAAGGAGAAGUACAAGCUGCUGGUGGAAGGCGACAACCUGCGCGCUGUCAUGGCCACCCAUGGGGUCAAAGGUUCUCAUACUACGUCCAACAAUACCUACGAGGUCGAGAAGACUUUGGGUAUCGAAGCCGCCCGCUCCACCAUUAUCAACGAAAUCCAGUACACCAUGGUGAACCACGGAAUGAGCAUUGACCGGCGCCAUGUCAUGCUGCUGGGUGACUUGAUGACCUACAAGGGGGAAGUGCUGGGCAUCACCCGCUUCGGCCUGGCCAAGAUGAAGGAGAGCGUCCUGAUGUUGGCCUCCUUCGAGAAGACGGCCGAUCAUCUUUUCGACGCGGCCUAUUUCGGGCAGAAGGAUUCCGUGUGCGGGGUCUCAGAGUGCAUCAUAAUGGGCAUCCCUAUGAACAUUGGAACCGGCCUCUUCAAGCUCCUCCACAAAGCGGACAAAGACCCCAAUCCUCCGAUGAGACCUCUUAUUUUUGACAGUAAGGAUUUUCACAUCCCAGUCACCGGCACGUAGCCGGGGGUCCGAGACGCGGACCCAGGGACCCCCCCCCCCAUACCCCCAUCCGGCUUGGAGUAUAUAACAGGCUGGCGAAAGAACUUGGAAGACGAGGCGCUGCCCCGCAUCGAUACGUUACAAAUGGAUUCCGGAACUCCCGAGAAGUCACGGCGGUUAUUGGAACAAAGCAAUCCUAGAGCGCUGCUAUGCGUAGAGCCGCGUGUUAGAUUGUAACAGACACGCGGUACUUGGAACACGGGUGCUACCGUGUUGUAACCCUUUGUUGCUCGGUAUGGUGUGUUACAGAAAACACAUUUCAGCUGAGAAACGCGUUAUUUCUUUUGUUUGUAGAGUUAACUAUACAUUAUACGGGGCUGGCUCAGCCCUUCCUGCCGGAGAAAUGCGUCGGGGUUGGCCCUUUAUAACGUGCCUCUCCGGGAAGCCACGUACUCGGCCUCCGGAGGUGUGGGGGGGGAUGGGUAAUGAGGUCAUUUCUCCUGCUGCUUUUUUUUCCCCGACGCAUUUCAUGUUUGCUGCCUCGAGACAAUUCCUCAACGUUUGUCAUGUACAGAAAAUGCACUUGUUUUCCCUGUAAAUAAAUAAAAAAUAAAAU